GCUAUCAUACUAACACUGUUUGUUAGUAAUGAUACAUCUCCAAUGUUGACUGCUGUGCCAUUCCAGUCUGGUCACGACCUGAAUAUGACUUGGGUAAUUAUCAUUGUAGCAGCAGCUGUAAUACUAUCUGUGGCUAUUGUAGUGUCCAUAACACUGUGUGUUUUCAGAUGUAUUAAUCACACAAAUAACUCACCCACAACAGCAGAGAAUCCCAACUUUCUCUCUCAGACUGAGAUGAGACAAUUACUGUAUCAGACUAACAAUCCUGUUGCAAUAACGAGAAAUGCAGAAGAGAUAUUUAACCGAAAUCUUCAGACAAUAAAAUCUAAAAGUCAGUUUUUCCUGGAGAUGGAACAGACACCGGAUGAAUGGAAAUUCUCAACAACACAGAGGAGACUUCCACCUGUGCCUCAGAGAUGUGAUUCAAUCCAUAGUCAAGGACGUCGCACAAGUUCCAUCAUGUCUUACAACAGUGACACCUUAACAUCCCAAAAGGACAGAGAAGCUAGCAAGAGUAAUGGCAAGACUAAACCAUAUGAUGAGAUACCUGCAGAACCAGAAUAUACCAAUGACAAUCCAGUUGCAGCCACAAUACUAAAGGGACAACAAAUACAAGAUACCUAUCUACAGCCAACAUAGUAGAUGUUCCAUGACUAUUGUUAAAUGAGUCUCUCACACAUCAAAUCUUAUACAAUACUUUAUAUUCAUAUAAAAAUAUCAACUCUAUGUUUCUUUCACACAUCACACAUAAAGGGCUUUACAUUGGCAUCUGUUAUGACCCCUAAUUUACAUUUCUGAAGCAUUAAAUACUAGAAA